AUGGCUUACCUUUCACCUUCUCCUUCAAAUUUCAUCUCAUGUAACGAGAAUCCACCUCAUGAUUCGAUUCGAGCGAUCGUAGUUUCGAUCAACGACUACAUUCUCGGUGUAAUAUCAGACCAAGAAGAAUGGAUUUCACUUAAACAGAAAUGCAUCACAAUGCUGAACAUUGAAGAGGAGAAUAGUACUCUGUUUGAAUUCUCCUCUGAACAAUCUGCUCUCUCUAAUCUCUAUUGGGGAAUCGAAAGCAUCGAAGCCUCUUCGAUACAAGACGAAUACUCAGAAGAAGAGAAGAUGUCUCGUUUGAGAAACUCAGAGAGGAUGCUUCAAAUGCCUGCGUUGCUUGAUGAACAAGGGACAACAAGUUCAGGUGUUCCAAACACAAUCUUGGUUUCUUUCUCUUACUUUUACCUCUCCAUUGUAAGCUAUCUCCAAGGUGAUUCCUUGCAGCCCACAUUGCAUUUUCUUCAGUCGGUUUUGGUCUCGCCUGAUAUCGUAAGAACCGACAUUGCCCCUGAACUAUGCGAGAGCAUUUUCUUCACUUGUGGUGUGUCUAAGUCAGAUGAUGAGAUUAGAGAGAUUGCAAGGAAGUAUAAAUACAGAGCAACUUAUUACCAGGUUAUGUCUUAUGGAGAUAUUAACGAGAAACCGCUUCGUAAACCGAAGAAAUACGGGCAAGAAGUAUUUGCAGCUAUUGGACAUUCAGUUGCAGAGAAGCUAGAGUUGUCUGAAACCUGCGAGAAGUUAUUGCAGUACCAAAACCUCCACAGUGUUGAUUUGCAAGAGGAUGAGCUUAAUGACAUCUUCAACAAAAUCAAAGCAUCAAGAAAGAUUGAAAAAUCUGCAAACAGCUAUUCUCCAUGUUUGGAUUGGAACCUGCAGGAAGAUUACAAUCCAGAGAUUAGAGAAGACAUUGGCACGGACACAUUAGCCAACAUCUUCCAUGUUUCCCAACGACAAGCUCACAAGAAAGCAAACAAAACAUAUAACGAGGACUCAUUAGCCAGCAGUUCCCACAGUUUUAUUGGUAGUUUUAACCGAUCCAUCUUUGACAUUCAGGCUCAGCAAUCAAAGACAAUAGAAGAUGUCUCUUCUUUGAGGCAACUAGAGUUGGAAGAAAUGUCAGUAUUUGGACAUAAAGGGUGCAUAAAUUUUGAAGGAAUGAGGAAAAAUUUGCAAACCAAGAAACGAGGAAAUGGACUUGAGACACGUUCUAGAAGAGCUCGGAGAAUGGAUCUAUGGAAGAACAUUCAGUACUUGAUAAAGGGUUUGCUUGGGAAUGCCGAUGAGAAAUAUGUAUCAGAGGUUACAAUGAUCUAUCAAAUGCUGAACGGAAAACAAGGAGUCAAAUAUAGCAUGCUCAAAGAUGUCAUUCUUGAUCAGCUUCUUACGGCUAUUUCUAGUUCCGAGGAGAAAACCGUGAUAAAAGCAUCGAUGACCGCACUUACCAAGAUCAUAUCAGUCAAUACAACAGCUCUUGAAGAGAUCAAGAGGAAAGGCUUAAACUUAAGUCAUUUAGCAAAUGCCUUGAAACAAAAUGUUCAAGAAGCAGCUAUUCUCAUAUACCUUAUAAAGCCAUCUCCAACAGAAAUCAAGAGUCUUGAGCUUUUACCAGCUCUUGUUGAUGUUGUUGCAUCCACUUCUUCUGUUUCUUCUUGUUACACAUUUAGGCCUUCGUCUUCUCUUUUGACGCCACCUGCUGCAUCAUUGAUGAUAAUUGAAGUGCUUAUUACUGCUUUUGAUCAUGCUACAAACACAAUGCACUUGGCUGCAAUCAGCUCUCCUUCUGUUCUUUGUGGACUUCUUGAUGUUGCAAAAUGUGGAAACUCAGGAGAAUUCAUCUCUUUGGCUAGUAUUUUAGUCAAAUGCAUGCAGUUUGAUGGACUUAACAGGAAGUAUAUCUAUCAACAUACUCGAGUAGCUCCUUUUGCGCAUCUUUUGCAGAGCAAAAACAGAGAAGAAAUGUUCAUUGCUCUUCAAUUUCUUCAUGAGGGUGAUCACAAACUCUUUGCAGCAGAUAUAUUGCUUCAAUUGAAUUCACUGGAUUCUCCUCCUGAGAGUAAAAAGUUCAGAAAUGAAGCUACAAGAGCUCUCCUUGAUGCAGUAACAUAUAUUGAAGAUUCACAUAUACAGUUUUUAUCAACAUUCAUUCUUUCGAAUAUCGGUGGAACUUAUUCAUGGACAGGAGAACCAUACACUUCUGCAUGGCUAAUGAAAAGAGGAGGUUUAACUUCUAUGUCACACAUGAAUAUGAUUAGAAACAUCAACUGGUCAGAUGAAUGUUUACAGGAUCCAGGAAUAGAUGGAUGGUGUUGUAAAAUAUCAAGAAGAGUUAGUGAGACAGGAAAAGCCACAUUUUGUGGUUUACAAGAAGGGCUAAAGAGUAAAAACAAGAGUGUUUCAAAAGCAUGUCUUAUAGCCAUUGCAUGGCUUAGUAUAGAGAUUUCAAAAGGUCCAAAUAGUUUAAAAUACUCAGCUUGUGAAGUCUUACUUGAUGAGAUAUCUCAAUUUCUACACCCUGGUUUGGAGCUUGAAGAAAGACUUCUUGCUUGUAUCUGCAUCUACAAUUUUAGCUCAGGCAAAGGAAUCCACAAACUAAUCAAUUUCUCGGAAGGCGUUAGAGAGUCUUUGAGACGUCUUUCGCAUGUGACUUGGAUGGCAGACGAAUUGCAUAAAGCAACAUAUUAUCUAUUUAGCAAAUCAGACCAACGCAUAUCUUGUGUUCAUACACAAACCAUAGAGAUGCAUCAAUCUGGCAGUGGAGCUGUAACAGCACUUAUCUACCAUAAAGGCUUGCUCUUUAGUGGAUACUCAGAUGGUUCAAUCAAGGUAUGGAAUGUGAAUGAGAAAUUAUCCACACUUGUAUGGAGCAUCAAGGAGCAUAAAAGCACGGUAACAUGCUUUUCACUCUCUGAAACUGGAGAGAGUGUCUUAAGUGGAUCUGCAGAUAAAACCAUCAAAAUAUGGCAGAUAGUUAAAGGAAAACUGGAAUGCAUUGAAGUCAUAAAAACAAAAGAAUCCAUAAGGAAAGUGGAAGUAUUUGGAACUAUGAUCUUUGUCAUAACCAAAGGGCACAAAAUGAAGGUGCUUGAUUCAUCAAGAAUAUCUCAAAGUAUCUUCAAAGGUAAAGGUGUGAAGAGUAUGGUUGCAACCCAAGGAAAGAUUUAUAUAGGAUGCAUAGAUUCAAGCAUACAGGAACUAAUCCUCGCAAGUAAACGAGAGAAAGAGAUCAGAGCACCAACUAGAAGUUGGAGAAUUCAGAACAAGCCUGUUAAUUCAGUGGUUGUGUACAAAGACAUGUUAUAUAGCUCAAGCACACAUGUUGACAUGUCCAAUAUAAAGGAUUUGAGAAGGAAUUAUGAUCCACAAAUGUCGAUAACAGCGGAAAAAGGAUCCAAUAUAGUAGCAAUGGGUGUUGUUGAAGACUUCAUAUACCUAAAUCGAAGUUCAUCUUCAAACACUCUUCAGGUUUGGUUGAGAAGGACACAACAGAAAGUGGGAAGAUUAUCAGCAGGGAGCAAAAUAACAAGCCUUCUUGCUGCGAACGAUGUCGUAUUUUGCGGUACAGAAGCUGGAGUCAUUAAGGGAUGGAUUCCGUUGUAG